AGACAAUUCUAACCUAUUUUGAUUUGGUAGUUAAUGUUUUUAGAUUGUACGUAGUGUUGAUAUAAUUUCAAUAAUUAUAUUUAACGACUUAAACGAAUUAUGAGUAAUACUACUGAGAAAGCUCUGAGUCUUCUUCGUUAUUUACCGAGAGUAUGUAUCGGUAAUAUCAGAGAUAAUCCUGGAUCUAAACAGCGAAGUAAAAGAGGUAGAGCUCAACAUGGAGGAGAUUAUCAUGGAGAUGGUAAUAAAGGUUCAAAAGCAAGACAAAAUUUUACAAGAUUAGGUUACGAAACGGGAAAUAAUCCUUUCUAUUUACGUUUUCCUUGGGAACCAUAUUAUAAAGGACAUCACUUAAAACGAGAAUAUCCUCCUUUAUCAAUGUUAGAUCUUCAAAAACUGAUUGAUACAAACAGAAUUGAUAGCACAAAACCAGUGGACCUAGUAGCAAUAUUAAAUACUGGUCUCUUUAAACUCUUCCCAGAUCAAAGACAAUUUGGUGUACAAUUAACAGAUGAAGGUGCUGAUAUAUUUGAAGCAAAGAUAAAUUUGGAAGUUCAAUGGGCAAGUGAAAAUGUUAUUGCUGCAAUUGAAAGAAGGGGAGGGAUAAUCACUACUGCUUAUUAUGAUCCCCAUAGUUUGCAAGCAAUGGUUAAUAGUAAGAAAUUUUUUGAAAGAGGAAUUCCAAUUCCACGUAGAAUGAUGCCUCCUCCUGAUGCAAUUGAGUAUUACUCAGAUGCUUCCAAAAGAGGAUACUUAGCAGAUCCUGAUAAAAUAUCAGAAGAACGUUUAGUAUUGGCACAAAAAUAUGGAUAUACAUUACCAAAAAUAGAAGACGACCCUCAAUAUGAUAUGUUAAUGGAAAGAAAGGAUCCUCGUCAGAUAUUUUAUGGCUUGCAUCCUGGUUGGGUAGUGAAUUUGAAGGAUAAAGUCAUACUUAAACCCCUUGAAGAAGAAUUAAAAGAAUAUUAUACUUCAUAGAUCAUUCUUGUUACUAACUAGUUUGUAUAUAGAGCAAUAAAUUUUAAAUAAUUAUUCAUAACUAACUAGUGUAACCUUAAAUUAUCCUGAAAUGUUCAAGUGCAGUCCCACAUUAUCUUAGAAUAACCAAAUAAAAACUAUAAGUUUCUAGUGAAUGAAGAUCACCUUUGACACCUGAAUUCCCUCAUUCUGAUUUCACUUUUCUUUGAUUUUUGAACCAUAUGCCACUAUUCCAUCAAAAUGAGCUGAAGCAACAUGUUUAUUAGGUAAUAUUUUUGGUGGUAAAAAAUUAAUCUGAUUAUGAUUUUUAUUUACAUACUUCAAUUUUGGUACUGUAUUUGAAUAUUCUAUAAUAUGGUAAUAAUACACUGGUUCCAUUAUUCCCUCUAAUAUAUUCUAAACAAUCACUUAGAAACUUAUAUGUCUUUACUCAGGGGUGCAACAACGUGGAGUACCAGUGUCCACUCCAUUUCUCCUUAAAACAAAGUGACUCAUUUUAAAAUUACAUGAAGCAGGCAAACUCAUGUAACUCAAGGUGCUUUUACUAUAAUGCUGCAAAUCUACUUAGCCAGUCAUGAAUCCCGGUAGUAAAAAAACUGAUUUCAAUUGCAUUGGGUGACACGAAUGUGUCAUUAGUAGAUAUAUGUGGGUAUUGCAUUGUCUACUGAAAAUAUAAAAUGUUUAUUUGGUUUGUCCGAACUUGUGGAAAAAUAUUGGAUUUGAUGUAAAAAAAAAGAAACUAUUUUAAUCUGGCUAUAUGUUUUUCAGAAUAUUUCGGUGAACUAAUAAAACUUAUUUCGUUCUUAUUUUUCUAUUUCAAAGUAAUCUGUUGCAUUUCUGUGGUUUCGUAAUUUGUAGUCCUCUAUCUUUCUUUCCUUUCACAAAGUUUAAAACUAUCAUCGUAUAUCCUAGGGAUUUGGAUGCAGUUGUGUUGAAAGUACUACAGUUAUAUUUGUGCGCAUGUGUAUUGUUGUGCGUAGAGCGCAUGUUCUCUUGUAUGUGUGUAAGAGCUCAUGCACAUGACGUGUGCCUUGAGAGGUCCUAGUUCUAUGUAAAAUAUUCUAUUGUACAGAUGCACAGAACAUACCACAAAUUUACUUCUGCCAUCUACUAAUCGUAACGCUAGUGCAAUAAAAAUGUGUCAUUACUGUCAAUGUCAAUAUGUCAUUUAAGCUGGAAUUUCUGGAACUGUUGGCGAUAUUCACUGUGAGUGUUGGAGUAAACAGUUUAUUCAGUAUAAUAUGAUUCUGAUUUCCCGCCACAUUUCAUUCAGAUUUUGGUAUACAGUAAUUUAUAAUUAUGAUUUUCUUGUUGAAAUUCAGUUUGAUCGGAGAAUAUAUGUUUCUCAGCUUACGGUCAGAUUGUAAUUUUAUAUUAUCGAGAAUUUAGUUUAGAGCCAACCAAAUAAAAAAUUAACAUUUUUUUCAAUUUCCAAAAUGCUUUAUUGGUAUGUGUUCUAAAUGGGAAAAAUUUUGUAAAAUUCAAUGCUCAAAUUAUCGCUUGCGUCAAAAUCAUUUUCUGGAAAGUGAUUUUACAAAUUGCAAUAAAAACAUUUGAAGUAUAAAGCUAUUCCAUCUAUUCCUACCUCUCAUCUGCCUUCAUUGUCUACAUCCAUUUAUGAAGAUCACACUUAUGCCUUAGUUCAUGAUUGUAUACAAAACCAAGAACAUUCAUAUGCAUUAAUACAGGUAUAAAGGACACUGAUAUGAUAGUCGAGAACCAUCAAGUUGAUAGCUUGAGUGUUCAAACCAUAACAUUUAUUUACUUGGGGUAUGUUCUGUGUACAGAUGUUUCUUUUAUUGUUCUUAUUAACAGACAAUAAAACCUUUUUUAUUACGA